CAUCAUCAGCAUCAUCGUCCGUAGGCAUUUUGGCUCAAGCGUUUUUGUCUCGAGCCCCUUGUGCUGGGGCGGCGUGCCCUCGGUUGCAGACUCGUCCGCGCGACGCCUCUGGGGAGUCAGAUGAAGCCGCUGCCGUCGGGCAUCCAGACAUUCCAGGGUAGCGCAGACGACGCCCACACCGAGGAAUUCCGCUCAACGCUCAAGAGCGCCUUCGCGCGGAUUUUGGAAGCGCACCGCUGCGAGGUGGCGGAGCUGCAGCUGCAGCUUGACGCCGUCGGCAAAAAACGGCCGACGCCGCCCAGCUGUCCCACCUCCCCUAUCUUGACCGUGGCCAAUACGUUGGAGCCGAAGCUCGGAUGGGCGGAACCUCGCGUGGACAUGCAGGGACACGACAACGUCGACAGGGCAGCGUCGGCGUCGACAAGGACGUCGACAGGAGGCUGCACGGGGACGGCGACACCGGCGACUGGAUGUGCCGGGGUCAACGACAGCGUCGACAAAGCGCAUGCCGCUGAACCAGUGGCAGAGCCUGCGAAGUUGAUGCAGGGAGGCAAUCCAGAACGGUUCUCAGGGCCGCAUUGGCAAUGGAUGCACCGCACAGGGUGGAAGGGGUAUGACCCGGAGGCUUCCGACAAGAUAGAGGAGGCUUUUCAGAAAGGCCACCCAAAGGCCCGCCUCAAGGCCGGCAAGAAGGGCAGCAGUCCAAUGAACAUAUUUUUCGAAGACAUGGUUCAACACGAUGAGGCAUCGGGGAAUUCAAGGGAUGUUCGCCGGGUGGGCCCAAACCCGUGGUGGCAGCGCUUAAGGCGGCACUUGUUAUCUUAUUAUUACGCUUGGGACACUGGGCUGCCGAGGACAGAGACACUGGCCGACUCAAAAGCGCGUAAGAAGCUGAUUCAAAAGGCUGGUAUUGGCGCUGUUGGCUCGAAGCUCGACCUGGCGCAGAACUUCUACCACCCAACAGGCCUCGCCGCGGCCGUCGCCAGGAGCAAGUUCUUCCAUGGCAUCGCAACCCUCGUGGUUGCCCUGAACGCGAUAUGGAUCGCCAUAGAGCUGGACAACAACGACGGGCCGACGUCCAAGGUCGGGUUCCAGGUGGUGGACCACGUAUUCUGCGGCCUCUUCACCGUCGAGCUCGUCGUUCGCUUUGCGGCCUACAGGAGGAAGGUGUUCUGCCUGCGCGACGGGUGGUUCUGCUUCGACGGCGCGCUGGUGCUGCCGAUGUGGUUGGACCUCUGGCUGCUUCCGCUCGUGGGCCUUCUGGCGGGUGACGAGCGCGGAAGCUCGCUCAAGGGCGACCUCACGGUCUUGCGCGUCGCUCGGCUGUUGCGUCUCACGCGCAUGUACCGUUUGCUGAAGUCGGUGCCGACGAUGAUGACGCUGCUGCGGGGGAUCACGACUUCCAUUCGGCCCGUGAGCAUCGCGGUGGGCCUUCUGAUAUUGAUCAUAUACCUCUUCAGCAUUAUCUUUCGGAGCCUGGUGGAUCCUGGCGGCUUCCUCGAGAUGGAGUAUUUCCCUUCCGUGACGUACACGAUGCUGUUUUUGUUGAUGCACGGUACCUUCUUGGACUCGGUGGGAGCAAAAGGAUUUGAGAUCAAUAGGGAGGGUGGCAUCGUCUUGAUGUUCUUCUUCUUGGCAUACAUAUUCAUGACGAGUUUUUUAAUGCUAAACAUGUUGAUCGGAGUCGUCUGCGAAAUGGUGUCCACGGUAAAGAACUGCGAGCAGGAGUUGAUGGCAAAGGUAUCGUUGCAAGCUCAACUAUCCGACAUCAUGGAUGUGUACGACGCGGACGGCACUGGGUCACUGACACAGUCCGAAUUCCAUCUGUUCAUCAACAAUUUGGAGGUGGUGCAAGCGCUUCACCACUUCGAUGUCGACAUCAAAGGGCUGGACACACUCAGUGAGAUGAUGUUUUCGCACGUCUCCCCUGAGGGUGGGUCCGAGGAGGCCGCCAUCGGCUUUGACGACAUCAUGAGUUUGGCCGUGCGCCUCAAGGGCACUAGUGCCUCCCGAGUGGAGGACAUCGUGAAGCUGCGCGAGUUCACUAAGCACCGUUUCGAGGCCUUGGAGCAGCAUCUUAUCAGCAAUCAGAGGAUGCUGGAGGAGCGCGUGGUCCACUCCCAUUCCUCGCUGGCCAACCCGCCAGAAGUACGCCGGGGCUCGGUUCUGCGCUGAGCUUGAGCCGCCUCAUGCGGAGCCCAGGAUUUCAAACCUCCACGAACCUGCAGAACGAAGCGAGCCACUCCGGAAAGGAGGAGCAAGUAGUCAGAAUCCAGUAUGGAGGUCGAACCUUCGUCAUGUAUGGGCCCAUGGAUGGCUGAGAUCCGAUCCUUUCCCCGUACAGGCGGGGCGCCGAAGGAGGAACCCUUUCUCCUCUGGGAGGGGCUCAGUGUCCCUUCCUUGUUUCACAGGUUGGCCCCAGCUUCUUUCCUCGGGCUCCCGCUGGGAAGUCGAAGCUGGGCUCGUGGAAGACAGGGUAGCCUCGUUCCUUACGUACCUGCGUAGGGCGCGCUGCGAUCUGUACGAUUACGCGUCUCGCAGGGGAGGGGGGGUUUCUCGGACCGCCAGUUCUGUGUGGACUCCUCUCGGCAGGCUUGGCGAUCGGGCAAGCGCACUUCGUUCCA